CAGAUUGUACAGAAAUGUAGAAGAAAGAUAAAGAUAGAGAGAUAGAGAAAGAGAGGGAGAGAGAAAGAGAGAGAGAGAGAGAGAGCUCGGCGUCACGCCCGAGGGUUAAAACGUGUGCAUUCCUAGUCUCGGAGCGUCCAGCUGAUCGCGGUGACUUCGUCAACGUGCUAACAAAGUGACGAACAUGUUACUCUGACAUUUCUAAUCAUUCGCGAGUGAAAAAAAAAAAGAAACAAGAAAAAAAAAAAGACAUAAAACAGACAAACCAAAAGAAAAAGAAACUAAAAGAAAAGAAAAGAAAACUAAAAAAAAAAAAAAAAGAAAGAGAAAUCGAAACAAACAAUUUUAUCAUCCAAUGAGACAAUAUCAAAAUGACACGACGAAAAACGAAACUAUUUUUACAAAUUGAACGGAACACGAGAGGCGGCGGAGGUGGUGGAGGUGGAGGCGGUAGCUCAAUAACGACGACAGGCUCGUACAAUGGCCAGCGAAAGGAUAUCGGGUCGAUACAGAACAUCAUUACCGGUUCCGGGUCACUCAGAGGUAAAUCUCUGCUCGGUAUUGUCACUGGGCAAGGACCUUAGCAAAAUCACAAUGCCUGUUAUAUUCAACGAGCCACUUUCCUUUCUGCAACGAGUCGCGGAAUAUAUGGAAUAUGCAAAAUUGUUGAAACAAGCUUCCGCCGAACAGACACCUGUCGGCAGAUUAAAAUACGUCGCCGCUUUUGCCGUAAGCGCAUUGGCUUCGAAUUGGGAACGUCUUGGUAAACCAUUCAAUCCGUUGCUUGGCGAGACCUACGAAUUAACCCGUGAAGAUUUUAGAAUAGUAUGUGAACAAGUCUCUCAUCAUCCACCAGUAUCGGCGUUUCACGCUGAUAGCGAGGAUUUUGUUUUUCACGGUAGCAUACAUCCUAAAUUAAAGUUCUGGGGUAAAUCGAUAGAAGUACAUCCAAAGGGUAUCGUCACGGUCGAAUUACUCAAAUGGAAAGAGGCGUAUACUUGGCAGAAUGUUAAUUGUAUUCUUCAUAACGUAUUGGUUGGACAACUUUGGAUGGAACAAUUGGGUGCACUUGAGAUUAAACAAUGUGGAGGUUCAAAUUUGAAAGCAGUGUUAACUUUCAAAAGUGGAAGCUGGAAUGGCAAAGAUCUUCACCGAGUCGAAGGCUUCAUAAUGGAUCAAGAAAAAAGAAAAUUGCUAUAUUUAUAUGGGAAAUGGACCGAAAGAUUACGUUCCUGUGAUCCAUCCUUGUACGAGGAUGCCCUUGAAAAAUUGAAAAGGGAUGCUAAAAGUCCGCAAGGUAGUCCAGGUCACAAAAAAGUACUUGCCAAACUUCACAGCCUCAAGGUUGGGGCUUUCAAACCAUCUCAUCAGGAUGCGAUUGACGAAUCAUCAACGAGUAUAGACGGCGAGGAUACACCAAUGUUCGACGAAAUACCAAGCUCGACAACACUUUGGGAAGUUUCACCGAGACCACCGAACAGUUCUAACUACUUUCAAUUCACUACAUUCGCAAUGUCCCUGAAUGAGAUAGAACCAACAAUGAGAAAGGAUUUAUGUCCGACUGAUUCAAGAUUAAGACCGGAUAUAAGAAAAUUAGAACAUGGCGAUCAAGAUGGCGCGGCUACUGAAAAAGCAAGACUCGAGGAGAAGCAACGUGAUUCUAGAAAGAUGAGGAAACAAAAGAAAGGACAAGAAUGGACGCCCAAAUGGUUCAGAUGGACAAUUAAUCCAUACACGGGCCAAGACGAUUGGCUGUACAAAGGUGGCUAUUGGGAUCGUAAUUACACCGACAUCGAAGAUAUAUUCUAAUGAAUAUUAGAAAAAUGAUUUUGACGAAAACAAAUUAAAGCAAAACUAACAAAAAAAACUAGUCCAUGUACGCAAAAGUCAAAAGAACGUAUUACGUUUGAUGCGUUAGCUAUUGUGAGAAGAUUUUGUUGUUGUUUCUUUUUUCAGAAAAGAAAUUUGAUCGACGACGAUAUUGUUUGAUUUAUGAGUAAAAAAGAUUCGUGUUGUUGGAGGUCAAUCGGUCAAAUUAAAAAAAAAAAAAAAAAAAAAAAAAAAAAAAAAAAAAAAAAAGAAAAAAAGAAAAAGAAAAAAAAAGAAAGAAAGAAGGAAAGAAAAAGAAGAAAACGGCUGGUAUGUGUAUGUACGUGUGGUUAGAUAAAAAAAUUCUCUAGAAAAGAAACAAAAAUAUAUUAGAAUACUUCAAAGAGUUAUAAGGAUGUCGUGAGAGAGCAAUUUAUUUAAGAAAAAAAAAUUUUUCUCCAUUAGUUUUCAUUAUCUUUUCCAUCUUUUUCUUUCUUUUAUUUACUAUUCCGAUACUGACAAUCUCACGAUCGAAACAAAUCUCUGUGAGAGAUGAACAACUCGAAAAGAAAAAGAUAGAAACAAAAAGAGAAAAAGAGAAAAGAAAAGAUUAUAACUAUAAAAGCUCAAUGAAAUUUUUCGAUCUAUACAAAUUGUGUCUGCUUACACAGUGUAUAUAUAUAUAUAUGUAUAUGUAUAUACAUAUAUAUACAUAGUAGAUAGUCUAAUUUAAUAUGAAGGAAAAACGUCUUCAACGUUUCCAAUGAUAAUAAUCAAAAUCUACAAACGAAAUCUUCGUGCUAAACUGCAAUUAUUUGAUCUUGUGUAUAAUUAGAACGCGAGCUUACGCCUCGUAGAGUGAAAUGAAAAAGAAGAAAGAAAAAAGAAAAAACAAAAAAAGAAAGAAAAGAAAAAACAUGAAAAUGUAAAAACAUAAAAGAGAAAGAGAGAAAUCGUAUGCAGGUCAUACGUAUAUAUAUAUAUAUAUAUAUAUAUAUAUAGAUAGAUAAUAAAUAUGUAUGUGUAUGUAUUGUAAAGAAGAAAUAUGUCCGACAAAAACGAAUUAGUCGAAAGAUUAGAAAGCAAACGGUGUAAAAAGAGAAACACUGUGUGAUACAUUACACACUUGUAUCUUUCUAUCUCAAUCUCUCUCUCUCUCUCUCUCUCUCUCUCUCUCUCUCUCUCUCUCUCUCUCUCUUCCUCUCUGCUCAUCUCUGUCUGUCUGUCUCUCUCUCUCUCUCUCUCUCUCUCUCUUUCUCUCUUUCUGUCUAACUGUACCAUUGAAUCAACAGGAGCUCCCUUUAUUUGACUAACUCUCUACUAAUUAAUUAGUUAUGGUGGUCGUUAACAGCAUGUCAAACUCGUUAGCUUUCCAUUCAUUGAGAACGAAGCCGUUUUAUCACUUUCUGACAUAGAGAUUCUAAAAAGGAAUAAUUAAACGAUAAGAAUAUAGACAAGAUUUACGUGUAUGUGUGUGUAAAAUUUUCAACUAUCAAGAAGUAAAGAAAUUUCUUUACAUUUCUCUCUCUCUCUCUCUCUCUCUCUUUCUCUCUCUUUCUAUAUAUAUUUCCAUCUUUAAUUAAAUUUUUUUUUUCUAACAACAAAAUGCAAACUAGAGAGGAUAAAAAAGGAAAGAAAUGAUGAAAAAACGAAAAAAUACAGAUAUAAACCGUAUUAUACUUGAUCACACAAAUGCAUACGCGAGCACGCACGCAUCUCGAUGUAUAUACAUACAUACAAUAUAUGUAUAUGUUAACAAAUGGCGAAUAAGACUAUCCUCAAGAAGAACUUUUUUAUAUUAACAUAAAAAAAAAAUUGUUCUUCCUUACAAUCGAUCUUCCGUGCGAGAGAUUAAAAAGAUUAAAAAAAAAAGAAAGGAACAAAACAAAUGAACGAACGAACGAACAAACAAAUAAAUAAAUAAACAAACAAACAAACAAACAAACAAACAAACAAAACAAUCCAAAGAAUUUACUUGUCGUGAGAAGAAGUUUUUUCGAGCACGCUCAAGCAGGCACCUCUUCUGCGUUCAUUUUUACUAAUCGAGAAAAUUAUUAUGAGAAAAACAAAUUGUAGCGUCUCUGUGACACUAUUUUUAUAAAACAAACAAAAGAUAAAGAAUUAAUUAAUCGGUAGCUUCUUGCAAUUCUAUGUACAUACAUGCAUACAUAUAAAACGUUUGUAUCAUAACAUUUUCUACUUACCAAUUCUUUUUUUUUUUUAUUUUUUUUUAUUUCAUUUAUUUUUUUUUUUUUUUUUCAAGUAAAUUAAUCAA